UCGAAGACUUGCAAGUGCGAAAAAAGAAAGACUUAAGAAUUUAGGAAUCUUAAAAGAAAUUAGAUUAAAGACGUCUCCUUUGAAAAAGGGACCAGUUAGUGGUUUCACUUUAGUAGCUCAUCUUUUCAGGGGUUAGGAAGACUCACAGAGGCAUUUCAACCUUUCUAGCCACCAUUGUGCGGUUUGCUAAUGCGAGGAAUCAAACCACCAAAUGGUGUUGUAUUCGACGAUCAUAAAUUAGAAAUCAAAUUAGCCAAAAUUGUUUUGACUUUUCAACUAGGAUGCUUUGGUUUAAAUUAGCCAGAAUGAUCAUAAAUCAGAAAUCAAAUUAGUCGAUAUGAUAUGCAAACAUAACUAGUAUUAAAAUUUUAAUAAAAAAAUAUAAUUCACUGAUGUGAGUUAGGUCAGUUAAUUACGGGAAUGUGUCCACCCUCUUGCAUCGCAUCCAAGUUCAAUAUCAAUAUAUAUAAGAAAGCAUAGAGAUACUGGGAAGAUUUUGAUUAGGCAUAUGCCAGUGGCCUUCGCGUAGUGGUAGUUGACAUGCAACUUAGUAGCUCCCACGUCCGACAACAUUAGACUGUGUCGCCAAACAAUCCAAUAACCUUAUAAAUACCACCCCAUCCAAUCGCUCGUCCCUCAACCCAGCUUUUCUGCUAACCACUUUCAAAAUAAGCUCCUACAAUCCUUUCCCUAACCCCCAAGAAAUGGCAAGCAGGAGUGUUCUAAUCCUCAUCUCCUCCCUCCUCAUAUCCCUCUCCCUCCCAUCCGCAACCGCCAAUGACUACUCCCCGAAAACCCCCGAGCAACCGGACCAUGUGGUGGUGGAAGGCGUGGUGUAUUGCCAGAGCUGUGACCACUAUGGAACAUGGUCCUUGACCGAGGCUGAGCCCAUUCCGUCGGCGAAAAUCAGCGUCAUCUGCAAGGACCACAAGGGCCAGGUCAGCUUCUACAAGUCUUUCGUGACGGACGUCAAGGGCUACUUCUAUGCACAGCUUGAUGGCUUCAAAAUUGGACAACAUCUUUUGGACCAUCCUCUCCAUGGAUGCAAAGUGAAGCUUGUUUCUUCUCCUCUGGAAAAGUGCAGUGAGCUCAGCAAUGUGAAUUACGGGCUGUAUGGUGCCCCGCUUCGUUACGAGGACAAGAGGUUGUGGGGGAGGAACUAUGAGGCUGUUGUUUAUGCUGCAGGGCCCCUGGCUUUCCGUCCCUCUAACUGCCCUACUACUCACUCUUGAUUCAGAACACCGGGUUUUCGCUGAUUAAUUUUCCUCCUAAAGUUAACCUUUGUUACUUUUUUUUCUUCUUUUUCUAUUGUUUGAUUUUUGUGUUCUAAAUGUUAUUGUGUCUCGGAAGUUGUAUUGCUUCUUGAAUAAACUGGUUUUGUACUGCAAAGUGAUGAAUUGACAUGUUUCAUUUACUUGUUUGAUCCCUUCUUUCGAAGAGAUACUAACCAAUUUCUCCUGCACCUUGGAUGCGGGAUAAUUAAAAAACAUGACAGCGCGUGAUUGCCUUAGGAUUCUGUCAUCCCAGGUUCCCCAGGUGCUCGAAAGUUCUUGUUCUUUGGCUUAGGUAGAAAAUAGGGGACAAGGUGUAUGAGAUUGUAGGCACAAUUCGGCUCAAACUAAAAUUGGAAACUUUUAAGUACAAGGGAUGAAUGGGGAAAGAACACAACUCAUUUCAUUCCACAACAAAUCCGAAAAACUCCCGCGCGCACACACAUACCCCGCCAUUAAAUUGUUCCCAGAAGUCCAGGGGCAUUCCAAACAUCUUAUUGAUCUCAUCCAUGGCCUCCUUUGUUGUUACAGUGGCCUCGAACAAAUCCGAACCUCUUGAUCUUCCGGACAAAUCUGGCAUUUUCUUCUCUUGCUUCUGGUCCAAGUUAUCAUCAGGAAGUAUAGAAAACCCACCAAAAUCUUCUUUCCUAUCAAUUCCUCUGUCCUGCUUCUUCACUCUCCUCUUUCUUACAAAAUCCAUAGGCUUCCCGAACAUGUUAUUGAUAUCAUCCAUGGCCUCCUUUAAGUUUAUUGUUGGGUCGACUAAACCAUGGUGGCAAGCAUUUUCGACCUCCUCUGGGCCUGUUUGGGAUUGAGGUGCUUAAAAAAAAAGCUACUAUGAAAAAAAGCUAUGAAAAUUUUUGGUGUUUGGUAAACUUU